GCCCCCUUCCCACCCAUCCGAGCAGCAGGGCCGCGGCCAGCCACGCCCACCCGGCUCUGGGCCCACAGAGCUGCGGGCAGGUCUCGGCGUGGGCAGCAUGACCCAGGGGUCGCCUCAGGGCUGCGGAGCCUCCUCAGGGCGGGGGAGUCUCUGCCGCGGACCCCAGGGCUUCGCCUUCCUUCAGGAAGCCGGGGGCUAAGCCCCAGAGUCGCCCGGUCCGGUUUGGAAUCCCCCGGAGACGGUGGAAGGGCCGAAGUGGCGGGCGUCUCGGAGGUUCUAGGUGGACUUGCCAGCGGAAAUGCAGCCUGAGAGUGAUUCCAUAUUCCAGACAGUCCAAAGAAUUCUGAACCAUAAGCUGAGCUUAGUCCCAGACCUGGAAUGGCCAAAUAUCUGGGUGAAGUUAAAAGUUUGAAACUGGAUGAUGAUUCAUUCAUAGAAGGAGUAAGUGACCAAGUACUUGUGGCAGUUGUGGUCAGUUUCGCUUUGAUUGCUACCCUGGUAUAUGCACUUUUCAGAAAUGCACAUCAAAACAUUCACCCAGAAAACCAAGAACUAGUAAGGGUGCUUCGGGAACAACUUCAAACAGAACAGGAUGCACCUGUGGCUGCUCGACAGCAGUUCUACACUGACAUGUACUGUCCGAUCUGUUUACAUCAGGCAUCCUUCCCUGUUGAAACCAACUGUGGACAUCUCUUCUGUGGUACCUGCAUUAUUGCAUACUGGAGAUAUGGUUCAUGGCUUGGGGCAAUCAGUUGUCCAAUCUGUAGACAAACGGUAACUUUACUGCUACCAGUAUUUGGUGACAAUGACCAGUCUCAGGAUGUUGCACCACUGCAUCAAGACAUUAAUGAUUAUAACCGGAGAUUCUCAGGGCAGCCCAGAUCUAUUAUGGAAAGAAUUAUGGAUCUACCCACUUUACUGAGACAUGCAUUCAGGGAAAUGUUUUCAGUCGGGGGCCUUUUCUGGAUGUUCCGUAUCAGGAUAAUACUUUGUUUAAUGGGAGCUUUUUUCUAUCUUAUAUCACCUCUAGAUUUUGUACCUGAAGCCUUGUUUGGAAUUUUAGGCUUUUUAGAUGAUUUCUUUGUCAUCUUUUUGUUGCUUAUCUACAUCUCUAUUAUGUACAGAGAAGUGAUAACACAGAGACUAAACAGGUGAAAAAAAGUUUACUCAAGUAUUUGAGCUACUAUGUAAACUCAGACAAAAGGACCCAUGGCAGUAUAAAGCAUUUGAAUAUUAUCUUACAAACUUAAAACCGCUGUAUUACAAACAUUUGAUUAGCUUUUUGGCAAAUACCUAGCAAUACAUGACCGGAAUUUUUACAUGUUGCAGGUUCUAAUAUUAAGGUUAGAAUUAUAAUAAUUUACAGCUGUAUCUUGAUUGUGUUGUCUAUAAAGUCUCUGGAAAAAAUACAGAAUUAUAUAAAAAGGGAUUUAUAUCUUUUUCUUUUCCUCCAAAUUACUCAGAUUAAUUGGAUGUAUAGUAAAAUAUUGUUAAAUGUACACAUUAUCAAAUUUAUCCUUCUCAGUGAGUACCUGUAUAAUAUAUUGCUAUGAGAUUGAUCUAAAUAUUUUUGUUACAAUAAAAUAUUGUACAAUAUUGGGGGAAAACUGUUUCUUUUAGUACUAGCUAGCUUUUGUUCAUUUGGAGCAGUUCUGCUUUUCCAUUCUGAUGUAAUUCUUUGUUAUGAGCUGAAAGUUAAAAGAAACUUGAACUUUAUAACUUAAUUUCACAUUCUGGUUUACAGAACACUUAUUAAUCAGUAGCAUUAACAAGAUGUAAGAAAUUUAUUUCCAGCCAGCACACUUAUGUUCUUAACUAUGACAUUUAAACAAGAGUUUGGUCCUUUUAUAGGAAUAGCAUAUCAAAAUAACUUAUAAAGGGAAUUUUUCAGGAACCUGGGUGAUACUGCAGACACAUAGUAGCUUGAUGCAUUUCUGAGGAAAGUGGUUCUUCAUGGCUUGAGUAUCAAUAAGACCUUAGGAGGAUACUAGGAACACUUUAAAUUGGACAAGAGAAAUUACUGCUGAGCUAGAGCAACAGAAAGGACAAAUUUGGUUAAUCAGAAAACUUUUGUAAUCUGUUCCUAGAUGGCAGCGUAUAGCCCAAGUUCCUCAGGUCUUAUGCAGAAUGAGCAAAUGUUGUCUGAGGUGAUUCAACAGGAAAAUUACCUUGGUUUUUAAUGGCUACAGCAUAAGUGUCUAACGCUCUCUUCUGCAGUUUUCUCUUUGAGAAGAGUAAAAACCUCAAGUAUUAUGAAGUCCUAACUCCCUCAGCUGGCACUGCUCAUUAGCAUACUGGACAGCAGCUUUGUCGUUGAUGCCCAGGGGUGUUGGCUUUGUCACCUGCAAUCACUGAUAAUCACACUGUCCAUUCAUGUAUUAAUGAGCCUCACUAUUUAUAGAUAUAGGGAGAAAAAGAACAUCUGUCACAGUCUCUCAAAUUAAUCAGAUUAGCCAUCAAUUAAUGAGAUGAUGAAUAAAAUAUCAAUAAGUGUUUUCUAAUUUGGGCCUAGGACAAAGCUGUUGCUUAUCAUAAGAACAAUACUUAAAUAUAGUACAUUAUAAUUAAAGCAAUUUCUUGUAUACCUUUCAUUUUAUCCUUAAGACAGUUAUGUGAAGAAGGCAAGGCAUUGUCUUCCUUUUCAUAGACGAAAUCUUUGUGUUAUAGAUGAAAGGUUUUUUUUCUGAAGCCAUGCACAAAUAAGUGACUGAACUGGUAUUGGACUCUCAGUAGGACUCUGGCAUGGGUUCAGAUAGAUGUGAAGGUUAUUACGAAGAGAGGAAGCAGGAGAGAAACUGGAGUCCUUUGGAAGUCUUUUGGAACACACUGGAGUAGGAUAGCUUGGGGCGCCUAAGAGGAAAGGUCUGGAAGGAUGACAUAUCAAGACUUCAUGAAUCCUAAUUUUCUACUUCCAAAUCAAAUAUCUAAUAGGGUAGCAUACUUCAUAGAAAACAUUUCAGCUGCAGUUACCAACUUCAAAAGCUAAUAGUAUGAAAUUGUUACACCAGACUAGAAAUGCAUUUCCUACCAAUUACAAACUUGAUCUGGGGCUAUGUAGCAAUGUCGUUUUUUAAAGGAUUUCAUUUUCUGUGCAUGUGUUCUGCUUCAAGUGUCACAUUUCUAGUUAUUAUGAUUUAUUGUAAUAUUUGGAAUUCCUUUUGAGACUUUCCUGGUAGAGUUGUAUUGUACCAACUUUUGUAACAUACAAAAACACUGUAUGAUCUGAGGUCUUAUUAAGUUCAAAAGGGUACAUACUGACAUCUCAGAAUUUUAGAGAUGUAGAAAGGAUCUACAUAUGUAAUAAAUGUAGAAAGGACCUGAGAGAGUAUUUAAAGCAAGUAGAGUCAAUCAGUGUUUUAAACAUAGUAAUACUUCUAUGAUUGAGUGUGAGGUCAUAUAAAUCAAAGCAACAAUUUGGAUUUUUGUAAACAAUACUGUAACCUUCACAAAAACAGAUGGUCGAACCCCAGGAACAGAUGGUAACUUGGGCAGGUCUGUGGGGAACAAGAGGAUGAAAAAUUGUUUAACUGUCCACUAGGACAGUGGUUUCAGCCUUUGAAAGCAAGGGAAGAAAGGACUCUUGGUCCCUGUCGCUGUGCAGAUACCUACCUCACAGAGUUAUUGCAGAAGAUUGACGGUUUGGUUCAAACUUCAUGAUUUAAGAAUUUGUCAAGCAGCUAUUCUUUUGAAUAAAAGCAACAUAACUAAAAUUAAAAA